AUGCCUUUUGAUUUACUUCGGCGUGUUUUGGUUUUGUAUCUACAACACUGCUCAGUGGCCACUAACACCGAGUUUGUCAGCUUAUCAAACACUCGCAUUGGCUCGAUUGACAUUAGAGUUAUGGGCCGCUCCGUGUAUGCUCACCUAGCUGGCUACACCAUCGUCUUCACUCGGACCCUCUCUAACGCCCAACCUCUCGUUCACACUGGGGCCAACCUUGCUCAAUCUCUUAUUGUCGUUGCCUCUCAAUCUAAUGUCAUUUUUUCCACCGUCGGCUUUCCUUUCCACAUCCGUCAAGUCCUACUGGAUUCCACCAUUGGAGCUCUCCAAAGUCUUCGCAUUGGUGGAAUUCUUGGCAUGACCACAUUCGAUCCCUUCCUCGCCUCAGAGAUUUCUGAUGUGGCAUUUGCCAAAAAUUACCACUCCAUUGAUGCUCCAGUUUCUAGAGGUGACCGUGGUGAUAAGAACAAAACCCAUGCAAUAUUUGCAGGAGGGGAUAAAGUAGUCAUUGAUCGCUUGAAUCCCCUGUUUGUUCUCAUGGGAAAGGUUAAUUACAUGGGUGCUCCUGGCAAAGGCCAAUUGGCGAAGCUAACAAAUCAAAUUGCCAUAUCCUCUCACUAG